AAAAAAUAGCAAUAAAUUUAAGUGAUUUUGCAAAAAAAAAAGAAAAAUGUCUUCAAUUGAUAAAUUCUGUAAAUUCUAUUAUUUUCUAUUUUUGCUAUAUUUUGUAAAUUUUAAUGAAGCUUAUAGAAUUCUAGUUAUUUCGCCUUUUAUUUCAAAAAGUCACAAUAGCAUGCUCGAAAGUGUUGCAAAAGCUUUGGCAAUAAAAGGCCAUCAAGUCGACGUUAUUUCUCACUAUAAAUUGGAAAAUCCGCCGAAAAAUUAUAAGACAAUUAUUAAUUUAGAUGGUUCGAUGCCAAAAAAUGUAAAUACUUUGAAAUUUGAUACAGUUGAUUUUUACAGAUCAGUUGAUCUUGUUCCAAUAGUUGUCAGUGAUAAUGGAAAUAAUUUUUGCGACUUAAUGGCAUUGGAGGAAAUGCAAAAAUUGAUUCAAAAUCCGCCGAAUGAUCCUCCGUACGAUUUGGUCAUUACAGAGGCUUUGGCAGCAAAUUGUUACAUUGGAUUCGGACAUGUUCUAAAAGUACCAGUAAUUUUGGUCUCUGCUUUAAUAGAAUUUCCAUGGUUCAAUGAAAUACUUGGAAAUCCAAUGUCAAAUGCCUAUGCAAUUAACUGGGAGACGAAGAAUUUUCGUGUGAAAACAUUUUGGGAGCGAGUGAAAAAUCACUUUUGGGCUCAUUAUCAUAAUUAUCGUUUCUUCAAAUAUUCUGAAGCAUAUCAAACGGCAGCGAUGAGAAAAUAUUUGGAUCCGGAUAUACCAAGUAUUCGGGAAAUUGAGAAAAAAGCAUCUUUGCUUUUGGUUAAUGCUCAUUAUUCGGUUUAUGGUGUAAGACCUUUUGUUCCCUCAAUUGUUCAAAUUGGUGGACUUCAAAUUGAACUAAAUGAUGCAAUAAUGACAUCUGAAUUGAAGACCUGGAUGGAUGAAAGUGUUCACGGAGUUGUAUUCUUUACCUUAGGUUCAAUGGUUCUUAUUGAAGAGUUUCCCAAAGAUGUUAUAGCAGCAGUCUACGCAAGUUUUGCCAAAUUGGCACCAAUUCGAGUACUUGUAAAAAUUGUCCAUAGGGAAAAACUUCCUCCAGGUCUGCCAAAAAAUGUCCUGACAAUGCCCUGGAUUCCACAAGUUCCAGUUUUACGUCACAAUAAUACAAAAGUAUUCAUGACACAUGGAGGGUUAAAUAGUGUCCAUGAGGCUCUAUAUUACGGAGUUCCUAUGAUUGGUUUUCCUCUUUUUGGCGAUCAACCUCUAAACAUUCGACUUUUGCGAGAAAAAAAUGUAGUCUAUGAAAUGGAUUAUAAAGAAAUUAAUGAAAAAUCUUUAGAUGGAGCAUUAAAAGCAGUUCUUUAUGAUCCUAAGUAUCGAGAUGCUACAAAGCGGGUAUCUCAUCUAUUUCGCGAUCGACCAAUGAGUCCAACAGAAACAACAGUUUUUUGGGUCGAGUACAUCAUCAGAAAUGGAGCAAAUUCUCUUCGAUCACCAUCAAUGGAUAUGCCUUGGUGGAAAGCUGAACUGGUCGACGUCUAUCUAUUUUUCUUCACAUCACUUAUUUUAAUAGUCGCCAGUACUUUAUUUAUUUCAUUAAAAAUAAUUUGCCUAUUAAAAAAAAUUUUUAAUUGCAAUUCUUUUAAAAAACACAGGAAAGAUGAUUAAUUUUUGUUUAUGUAUAUUUCUC